AGGAACAUGAGAAAUUAGAGAAGUACCAAGGGCUCAGAGAAGAGCUGGAGAAGGCCUGGAAGGUGAAGGCAACAGUGGUACCCGUGGUCAUUGGAGCACUCGGAGCAGUGACUACAGCAGUGGCUACAGCAGAUCCCUGGAAGAACACCAGACAUCUCGGUCCAGAAGAGUGCAGUACUGGGAACAGUACUGACCCGAGCUUGAAGGAUGAGACCACCCGCGGAGGGUGAAGGACAAUGGGUUGUUCUAAUACUAGGCAUUGAGAAGUGGAGGGAUAUUGACCACUUACCUGUUCAGACUUCAGCUGACCGGCUCUCGAUGUUAGCAUUUUAGCUAUCCAGUCAUCAACUUCAGACGGAAUCACGAUGGAUCCAGACCAACAACUGAGAAAUCUGCGGGAUUUCCUUCUGGUUUACAACCGCAUGACUGAAAUUUGCUUCCAGCGAUGCAGCAGCAACUUCAACUACAGAAACCUCACCAUGGACGAGGAGCGCUGUGUGGACAGCUGUGCGGGGAAGCUGAUUCGCACUAACCACCGCCUGAUGGGCACCUAUGUGCAGCUGAUGCCUCGGAUGGUGCAGCGCCGGAUGGAGGAGAUGGAGAGCAAGGCUGCAGAGAAUGCCAAGGCAGCGGAGGCAGCUGCUGCUUCUGCGUAUGUGGGGCCUUCUGCCACAGAAGCCUCACCAGCAUCUCAAACCCCCAUCACCUCAUUUCCACCCCCACAAGUAUCUCCACUGUUAACUCCUUCAAUCGCUGAUGUCGGACCAGAGGCCCAUGGCUCAGUCUUAAAGCCAGCAGGUUUAGAUAUUCCAGUUGACCUUGACGCUGCUGUGCUCAAAUCCACAACAGCCACAGAAGUCAAAUUAUCAGCUGCCACAACGCUCACGCCUGCGACUGAAGCGGUAAAUCCCUCAGUGCUUAAUGAAGCUGGACAAUCUUAUUCAGUAGGCUUUCCUCAGCCGCAGAUAGCUGGUACCCAAAUUGAGUCUGGGAGCUCAGCGCCUGUGUUUAUGCCAUCUAAAUCAACGUCCUUAUCAGAAGACGUGCCUGUGUCAACAGUAGCUGCACCUACAGUGUCUAAAUCCGUAGAGAGCCUGCCAAGCCACGGGAGAGCCCCCAAGUUCCCCCCACCGUCAGGCCAGCAAUAAUGCCCAGUCUGGGUCUUCCUCCUGUGGUCAAACUGUUAGCAACAUGUCCCUGUCUCCCACCACAAACAACCCACAUCUGACGAGUAACUCAUCACAGGCAGUCCCAAAUGUGAUCUUUUCUGUAUUGCUGAAAAGAAUAGUUGAUUAAUAGACUGACAUACAUUAUAAAAUAUCAACUUUUCAACAACUAUUAUAUAUGAUAUUUUGUCAUAUAACAUUUUCUGCCUGCAGUCUCCGAAAUGACAUCGCUAUCUGACAAAAUUAGCAACUUGAAGACUUCACUUUAGAUUCUGUUAACUUGUGACGGGCAUUGUCAUUAUUUUUGACUAAACAGUAAAUAAAUCAGAAGACAUUAAAGCUAAGGUAGGUAACGUUGGAGAAACUCAAGAGACAGCUAAAUUGUAAAAGUAUCCAUCUGAAAAAUCCCACCCCCUCCCUUCAGGCCUCCUUCCAAAGCCACUGCCCCACAACACAUUUUCAUGUGCAAUGAGUGCAGGGUGCGCGCAGGUAGGCGUAGGCCAGCCAAUCAUUGUAUUCAAAUGAAACGACUGGAUGGGCUUAUUACAGGCCAAUGACAGGCACGGAUACUGGAUAUUUUUCUUUUUCUUUUUUUUCCCCAGACCAUUUGAUUUAUCGAUUGCUGUCAGGAUUUAAGAGAAUUUCAACAAAUAUAACAAAAUGCUUCUGAAAUACAUUACCUACCCUAGCUUUAAGUGAUUAAGUUGCAGCUUUAGUGGCCUGCGAUCUAGCAGGAAAAUAAAAUGAACCCCUAUGGUGAGAAAGCAUGGUCAAAAAUGUCACUCAUGAUAAGAAUAGCAAUUUUACACACACACACACACCAUAUUACAAAGUGUGUUAGAAAUGUCAAUAACAAAAAUGUGUUGUUUUGUGAUAACAGGAAAAAGCAAGAAGGAAGUUGUUCUAACAGUGUAUGUGUGUACGAUGGCAGUUGAAAAAUGAUUUUAGUGAUGGCAUUGCCAGUCAAAAAAAUUCCCAGCCUGGAUUGUGGAGGCCUGAUCAUAUUUGGACUUAAGUCUGGACUUUCAGGAGCCAGGAGGGCUCAGUCUGAUGACACCCUAAAAACACUAAGUCCUGCUAAUUAUUUUGUAAGGUGACAGUAAAUGCAGAAAUUCGAUAAUGCUCAAUAAUACAAAUAAGAGUAUUCAUGAUGUUUUUUCAUGUUUUCUUUAUUUUAAAUGCUUCUUUGACAACCUCUAGUAUUUUCUGUUUGAAAACAUUAAAGACCUUCCUGCUG